AUGUGCACGGAGCAAGGACCAAAUGCUUCAGCAGCGGCUCUGCAGCAUCAUGCGGACCAUGCCCAGGAGGUCUACGAUCAUUUGCGCGGCAAAGUCUGCAGCGGCCUUGCACAGGAGGUGCAAGAGCAAGCUGAAAGGGCCAAUGCGAUUGCGCUGGAUUAUUGGAGGGGAGUUUCUCAGCCUGAGCUGUAUGGCUUCCAGAAAACUCUGUACUACGAGACAGCCAGGAGAAAGAACAGGGUGUAUGUCCGAGACAUGCUUGACCCGCUGAACCACGGAGUACCGAGUUACGAUGAGAUCGAUAUCGAUGAUUUUGAAGCAGAUUGCCAGCCAGAGGUCCUAGCAUCAUGCAGUAUCGACGCCGUGGAGAACGUCAGCGGUGCUAAUCCCGACGAGGCUCGCAGUCUCGCUCAGGAGUUUGAACACGUCACGGACAAGAUCAAGCUCCUGCUGCAGGGACUUGAGGAUGCAGAUUGCCCAACUUACGCUUUCAACCAGUGCUCUCGUCAAGCAAUGCGUUGCAUGUACGGCGCCCGGACCAUGCUGAAGGCGCUCGAGGCCGACUGGGAAGCGAAGGAAGGCGUCGACGAAGGCACCGAACGGGAGGCAGCCACCACCUCCUGGCUCCACCGCCUGCUCCAGAAGCUGGCGCACUCCGAGGUGGGCAAGGUCGGGCUGCUGGGCCUGGCGAACCUGGUCGGGACGAUCGCCCAGUGGCUGUACCGCUUCCGGAGGAGCAUCUCCAACCUCCUGCGAGGUGUGGGGUGGCAAACCCAGGCGACCAAGGAGAUCUGGAAGCUAUUUUGGACGCACGGUGUAAAAAAGCAGGGCAACAUCAUUCAGCGAUUCCUCGGUGGCAGGCUGCUCAACGUAGCUACAGCUCAGUUGCCAAAUCUUGCAGUGGGCGUGGUGAUGUCGCAAAUACCAAACAUGGCGAGUUGGUUGCAAGGGUUUACGUGGCUGGCGAUCAAGCGGGCUAGGUCAGUGAACAUAUCAGAUGCGUGUUACUUUGCGGCUCAAUCUUUGGAUAAUGCUGAUUACGUAGACGUUGCGCAGGCUGAGCAGAUGGCGAUGAAGACUCUGGAAUCGCACCAAGACUUCUAG